AUGUCCAAGCAUCAUCCGGAUCUCAUCCUCUGCCGUAAGCUUCCAGGCAUCGCCAUUGGCAGGUUAUGCGAGAAGGAUGAUGGCAAGUGUCCAAUCUGUGACUCAUAUGUCCGACCUUCAACUUUGGUCCGCAUCUGUGAAGAAUGCAAUUUCGGAUCCUCAGGCGGCAAGUGCAUCAUUUGCGGUGGACAGGGUGUAUCGGACGCUUACUACUGUGCCGAAUGCACAAGGCUCGAAAAAGAUCGCGAUGGCUGUCCAAAAGUGGUCAAUCUCGGUGCGAGUCGCACCGAUCUUGCCUAUCUACGCAAAGCGAGGAAUCAACAGCAACAGUUUCAAAGAGGCUAG